UGCAUUCUUCUUCUUUUAUAUGUGUGUGUGUUAGUGUGUGUUACUUGACAGCCUCAUCACAAUAUUACGAGUUUAGGCUUUCGUUAGCUAAUUGUCGAUAUUAGCUCUAUAAUGUCGUCGAGGAAUCAUUGCCAGCCAUUUCAGUGCUUCCUCUGUGCAAAUCUGAAGUUCACCAUAUGGACUACACUGAUGAUCAUUAUGUUUUCUCAAGCAGCUGCAUUUGAUCCACUGGAUCCUUUUGGAAACAUUACAAUCAAAUGGGAUGUUAUAUCAUGGACUCCUGAUGGUUAUGUGGCUGUAGUGACAAUGAAUAAUUUCCAAAUGUAUCGACACAUAAUGAGCCCUGGAUGGACUUUAGGAUGGGGUUGGGCUAAGAAAGAAGUGAUUUGGUCGAUGGUAGGUGCACAAACAACAGAGCAAGGGGAUUGCUCAAAGUUCAAAGGCGAUACUCCACAUUGCUGUAAGAGAAAUCCAACAGUGGUUGAUUUGCUGCCUGGAGUUCCCUACAAACAACAGAUUGCCAAUUGCUGCAAAGCAGGCGUAGUGGCCUCAUGGGGACAGGAUCCUUCGGCUGCAGUUUCAUCUUUUCAGGUCAGCGUUGGCCUUUCUGGCACGACCAACAAAACCGUCAAACUCCCCAAAAACUUCACCUUGCUUGGUCCUGGACCAGGCUACACUUGUGGCCCUGCAAAAAUCGUGCCAUCAACAGUAUACCUCACUCCAGAUAAGAGAAGAAAGACUCAAGCACUAAUGACAUGGAACGUGACCUGCACUUACUCGCAAUUCCUAGCAAACAGGAAUCCAGCCUGCUGUGUUUCAUUCUCAUCCUUCUACAAUAAGACCAUCACUCCUUGCCCCUCUUGUUCUUGUGGCUGCCACAACAAACGACAUGGCUGUAUUCCGAGCAACUCGGAAAGACUAAAUGCUGUGGGAAUAAACACUCCAAGAAAGGAUAAUGCACCGCUGCUGCAAUGCACUCAUCAUAUGUGUCCAAUUCGCGUCCACUGGCAUGUUAAGGUGAACUACAAGGAUUAUUGGCGGGUGAAGAUUGCUGUUACAAAUUUCAAUUAUCGAAUGAACUAUACUCAGUGGACUCUUGUGGCACAGCACCCUAAUCUCAACAAUGUGACUCAAGUUUUCAGCUUUGAUUACAAGCCCCUUGUCCCUUAUCAAUCCAUAAAUGACACAGGUAUGUUCUACGGGAUGAAAUUUUAUAACGACUUAAUAAUGGAAGCCGGGGACUUUGGAAAUGUGCAGUCUGAAGUGCUGCUUCAGAAGGACAAGAACACAUUCACACUCAAACAGGGAUGGGCAUUUCCUCGACGAGUUUAUUUCAAUGGUGAUGAAUGCAAGCUUCCUCCCCCUGAUGCAUACCCAGUUUUACCCAAUUCGUUCCAUGCAAACCAAAUUCAUGUCUUUUGUACAGCAUUACCAUCAUUGAUGUGCAUCAUUCUCUUCCUCUUCUUGUAAAUAUACAUAUAUCAGGUAUGUUUGUACAAGUCACUUGGUCAGUUGUUUUUGAGUGCAGACCUUUUACCAUUCGAUGAAAUCCAGUAUUAUUAUGAGCAUGGGCAUUUCAUAUUUUAUGUUGAAUUAU